AUGUCUGUUGUCAGGAAUGUCAGGGAUCUCCGGAAAGUCACACUCGGAGACCUGAGUUCCGUGCUUUACCGCUCCCUCGGACAAAAGCCUCCAGUCGUUGUCAACGGUGAUGGCAAUUACCUUUACACCAACGAUGGCCGGCAGAUUCUUGACGCAACUGGUGGUGCUGCAGUCGCAUGUAUUGGCCAUAACAAUGCACGAGUAAAAGCAGCCAUUGCCAAGGAGCUUGACAGUGUGUGCUAUUGCUAUACCCAAUUCUUCACGACUCCUCCGGCAGAGAAACUUUCCAAGUUUCUGACCGAUUCUACGCACGGCCAGCUGAGCCGAGCAUUUAUUGUCAGUUCAGGUUCCGAGGCAAUUGAAGCUGCAUUAAAAAUGGCGCGGCAAUAUUUCAUGGAGCUGCCACAGCCCCAGCCCGAGCGUGUCCGUUUCAUCGCGCGCAAGCAAUCUUAUCACGGUAAUACCCUGGGAGCGCUUGCCGCUGGAUCCCAUGUCGCCCGCAAGGCAAUCUAUACGGAUAUGCUUAGCAGUAACGUGUCUCAUGUGUCGCCCUGCUAUCCCUACCGAGACAUGAAAGAGUCGGAGAAUGAAGAAGAGUAUGUAACACGCCUGGCGGCGGAGCUCGACGCGGAAUUUCAGCGAGUAGGGCCUAAUACUGUGUGUGCAUUCAUUGCUGAAACAGUUUCUGGAGGCACUCUUGGAUGUGUCCCGCCUGUUCCCGGCUAUUUCAAGGCCAUGAAGGCCGUCUGUGAUAAAUACAAUGCCUUGCUCCUCAUGGACGAGGUCAUGUCUGGAAUUGGACGCACAGGCAGCCUUCACGCAUGGGAGCAGGAAGGUGUUGUGCCCGAUAUUCAAAGUGUUGCCAAAGGUUUGGGCGGCGGUUAUGCCCCAAUUGGUGCUCUUCUUCUUAACAAGCGUGUUGUGGGUGUCUUAGAUUCUGGUACAAAGGUCUUUGCACACAGCCAGACGUAUCAAGGGCACCCGCUGGCUUGUGCCACUGCAUAUGAGGUCCAAUCUAUCAUCAAAGAGCAGAACCUGGUCGCCAAUGUCAAAGAGCUUGGGCCCUAUCUCGGCGAAUUGCUUGAGACUGAAUUGAGUGAUCAUCCCAACGUUGGCAACAUCCGUGGUCGUGGCUUUUUCUGGGGUUUAGAAUUCGUAGAAGAUAAAACCACCAAGAAACCCUUCCCGGCAGCGAAGCAGGUGGCUUGGAAGAUGCAUGCUACUGGCAUCUUGCCAGAACAUAGUAUCUCUUUGAUGCCAGGAAAUGGAACUGCUGACGGAAAAGAUGGUGACCAUAUCAUCAUUGCUCCGUCGUAUAUAUCAACAAGAUCGGACCUUGAGGAAAUUGUCAAGCGGACAAAGGAAGUAGUCAACCAUGUCCUUGGUUAA